GCUCGGACAGCUUGGAUAAGUUAAAAACAGCUUUAGUUCUGCAAAAGAAUCGUGGGACAAAAUAAUAACAUGAUAUACAAGAUGAUGCGAGGAUACAGACCGACGCCCGUCUCCAACUCCACCCUGUCGUUCUGUGGUUCUGAUAACUCCUCCGCAUAUAAAGUGGAUAACGGUCUGCUGAAUAACGGAUGCUUUCUGGAUGCUCUCGAUGUGGUUCCUCACGUUUUCCUGCUCUUCAGCACCUUCCCCAUCCUCUUCAUUGGCUGGGGCAGUCAGAGCUCUAAGGUCCACAUCCACCACAGCACGUGGCUUCAUUUCCCGGGUCAUAACCUGCGCUGGCUGCUGACCGCCGUCCUGCUGUUCCUGCUGGUGUGUGAGAUCGCGGAGGGAAUCGUCUCUGACGGGUUUAAUCAGUCUCGUCAUCUUCACCUCUACAUGCCGGCUGGUCUGGCUAUACUCGCCGCCAUCACAUCCAUCAUCUACUACCACAACAUCGAGACCUCCAACUUCCCAAAGCUGCUCAUAGCACUGCUGAUCUACUGGACUUUGGCUUUUGUCACCAAAACCAUCAAGUUUGUGAAGUACGAUGAUCACGGCAUCGGUCUCCGGCAGCUGCGUUUCUGCAUUACGGGUCUGCUGGCGCUGCUGUACGGCCUGAUGCUCGGUGUGGAGGUCAACGUCAUCCUGCGCAGGCGUUACAUGUGGUUUGCGUGUCCCACUGAGGUCAAGCCUCCGGAUGACCUGCAGGAUCUCGGCGUUCGCUUUCUUCAGCCGUUUGUUAACCUGCUGUCCAAGAGCACAUACUGGUGGAUGAACACGUUUAUCACCUCCGCACACCAGCGGCCCAUCGACCUGAAGACCAUCGGCAAACUGCCCAAAUCCAUGAGGGCUCUGAGCAACUUCCAGCGGCUCCGCAAGGCCUUCGACUCGCAGAUGGAGUCGGGGUGUGUGCGGCCGCAGGGCUCCGGCUGGAUGUGGCGUUCUCUGCGUCAGGCGUUCGGGGCUCCGCUCCUGCUCAGCAUCAGCUUCCGCUUCCUGUCAGACUUGCUGGGCUUCGCUGGACCGCUCUGCAUCUCAGGCAUCCUGCAGCACAUCAGCAGAGACAAUCACAGCGCUCCACCACCUGUGAAGCUGUUGGGGGUCCACUUCAUCUCCUCAGAGGUGUUUUUUGCGAAUGCGUAUGUUCUGGCAGUUCUGCUGUUUCUGGCUCUGCUUCUGCAGAGAACAUUCCUACAGGCCUCUUAUUACGUCGCUAUCGAGACCGGAAUAAAUCUCAGAGGAGCCAUUCAGACUAAGAUCUACAAUAAGAUCAUGCGCCUGUGCACAUCUAACAUGUCAAUGGGUGACAUGACCACGGCUCAGAUCUGCAACUUAGUGGCCCGUGACACUAACCAACUCAUGUGGUUCUUCUUUCUGUGUCCAAACCUGUGGGCCAUGCCAGUUCAGAUUGUGAUUGGAGUUUUGCUGCUGUAUUAUCUGCUGGGAGCCAGCGCUCUGAUCGGUGCGACCGUCAUCAUGGUUUUGGCUCCUCUGCAAUAUUUUGUGGCGACUCGACUCUCACGAGCACAGAAGAGCACACUGGAAUACACCAGUGAGAGACUGAAGAAGACCAAUGAGCUGCUGAGAGGAAUCAAGCUCUUAAAGCUGUACGCCUGGGAGCACAUCUUCAGAUCCAGCGUGGAGGAAACACGCAGACAAGAGCUGACCAGCCUGAGGACGUUUGCACUCUACACAUCCCUCUCCAUCUUCAUGAAUGCUGCCAUCCCGAUAGCUGCUGUUCUCACAAUCUUCGUGGUUCAUGUGCACCUGCAGAGCUCCUCAGACUUCGCUCUGUCUCCUGCGGUGGCGUUCGGCUCGCUGUCGCUCUUCCACAUCCUGGUGACGCCUCUGUUUCUGCUGUCCAGCGUCCUGCACUCCACAGUCAAGGCGCUCGUCAGUGUGCAGAAGCUGAGUGAGUUUCUGUCCAGCGCAGAGAUCGAGACGGAUCAGGAUCCUGUCGCACAAACGCCAACAAACAACAACGGAAACAUCAAGUCUGUGUAUGCGCUUCAGCUGCAGGCCAAACUGGUGAACCGUAAGAAUAAAGCCAAACAAGAUGUAAACAGAAACUUUGAGCAGCAGGACCAGGAGCUCAGAGCCUCGGCACACCGCGAGGACAACAUCUGCAUCAAGAUUGUGAACGGAUAUUUCUCAUGGACGCAAGGCUGCCCGACUCUCACCAACAUCGACAUCAAGGUUCCUUUAGGUCAGCUGACGAUGAUCGUAGGACAGGUGGGUUCUGGGAAAUCUUCUCUUCUGUUGGCUGCACUGGGGGAAAUGCAGAAGAUUUCUGGAAGCAUCACGUGGAACAGUUUACCCAGGAGUGAUUCAGAUGAGAAUAUCAGAGCGCAUUAUAUGAGCGGACGGCAGUCCUUCACGAGGAGAGGCUCGGUGGCCUACGCUUCCCAGAGGCCUUGGCUUCUGAAUGCCACAGUGGAGGAGAAUAUCUUGUUUGACAUGGCACCCAAUGUGAAGAGGUAUAAGGAUGUGAUCGAGGUUUGUCAGCUCGGGCCUGAUAUGGACACUCUUCCUCAAGGAGAUCAGACCGUGAUUGGAGAGCGGGUACGUCAUUUGGGCAUCAUCCUCUCCGGUGGUCAGCGGCAGCGCAUCAGUGUUGCCAGAGCUCUUUACCAGCAAACUAAUGUGGUUUUCCUGGAUGACCCGUUCUCGGCUCUGGAUAUCCACCUGAGCGAUCACCUCAUGCAUGAAGGCAUCCUGAAGUUCCUGCGUCAGGAGAAGAGGAGCGUGGUGCUGGUCACACACAAACUACAGUAUUUACCACACGCAGACUGGAUUAUAGCCAUGCGAGAUGGGACGGUACAAACUCAGGGGACCCUGAAGGACAUCCAGUGUGCAGAACCGGAGCUGUUUGAGCAGUGGAGAACCCUGAUGAACAGACAGGACAAAGAGAACUCGACCGAGCUGAAGCGAAAGAGUUUCAGACGAGCGAUGAUGUACUCCAGAGAUACUGUGGCCACCGAUGAUGAAGACGAAGCAGCUGAUGGUGCUGUUAGUGAAGUGAAAGACAGCUCCACCAGCACAGAUGAGGACAGCCUGGGGGCAGAGCUGCGUCACAGGACCACCAUUCCCUGGAGCUCCUUCGCCACGUAUCUGAAAGCGGCCGGUUUGUUUCUGCUGCCGCUGCUCAUUGUUUCUCAGCUCGCGAAACACUCGCUGAUGGUCGGCAUCGACUUCUGGCUUGCGCACUGGACAUCAGACGUCAUCGCAGCACAGAGCGAGAGCGCAGAGAGAAACUGCACAUUCACUAAGGACUGUGUGUUCAGCCACUCGUGGUAUCUGCAGGUCUUCUGUGUGUUGUGUGCUUUGGGCAUCAUUUUGUGUCUCGUCACAUCUCUGGCGGUCGAAUGGACGGGUUUACGAGUGGCCAAAGAGCUUCACUGCAGCCUCCUGCGCAACAUCGUCCUCGCACCAAUGAGAUUGUUUGAGACGACUCCACUGGGGAACAUUCUGAACCGAUUCUCAACGGACACCAACACUAUUGAUCAGCAUAUUCCGGUGACCAUGGAGUGUCUGAGCCGCUCGACUCUGCUGUGUGUGUCAGCUGUGGGCGUGAUCUCAUACGUCACACCAGUGUUUCUGAUUGCUCUGCUGCCGCUCACCGUCGCCUGCUACUUCAUCCAGAAAUACUUCAGGGUGGCGUCCAGAGAUCUGCAGCAGCUGGAGGACAGCACUGAGAUGCCACUUCUGUCUCAUUACUCACAGACCAUUGAGGGCCUCACAACCAUCAGAGCCUUCAGACACGAGCAGAGGUUUAAAAAGAAACUGCUGGAAUACACCGAUGCCAAUAACAUCUCCUCCCUCUUCCUGACGGCGGCCAAUCGCUGGCUAGAGGUCCGCAUGGAGUACAUCGGUGCGCUGGUGGUGCUGAUUGCAGCCGUGGCUUCAAUAACCAAUGCUCUGUACCGUCAGCUCUCAGCUGGACUGGUUGGACUGGGACUGACAUACGCUCUCAUGGUCUCCAACUACCUGAACUGGAUCGUGAGGAAUCUGGCAGACAUGGAGGUGCAGCUGGGGUGUGUGAAGAGAGUCAGCGGCCUGAUACACACUCAGCCGGAGAGUUACGACAACAUCAUGACUCCCGCUCAGGUUCCUGCAGGAUGGCCAAAGUAUGGUGAGAUCCAGAUCAAGAAUCUGAGCGUUCGCUAUGACAGCAGCCUGAAACCAGUGCUGAAACACGUCAGUGCUCACAUCAGACCUGGACAGAAGGUGGGCAUCUGUGGGCGGACGGGCAGCGGUAAAUCCUCCUUCUCUCUGGCUCUCUUCAGGAUGGUGGACACGUUUGAGGGACAGAUCAGCAUCGAUGGCAUCGACAUCUCAAAGCUUCCCCUGCAGACCCUCCGAUCAAAGUUCUCCAUCAUCCUGCAGGACCCCAUACUGUUCAGUGGGACCAUCCGGUUUAAUCUGGAUCCAGAGAGAAAGGCCACUGAUGAAAUGCUGUGGGAGGCUCUGGAGAUCGCUCAGCUGAUGCCGGUUGUUAAAGCUCUACCUGGAGGACUCGAUGCAGUGGUGACUGAAGGAGGAGAGAACUUCAGUCAGGGUCAGCGGCAGCUCUUCUGUCUCGCUCGGGCCUUUGCGAGGAAGAGCAGCAUCCUCAUCAUGGAUGAAGCCACGGCCUCCAUCGACAUGGCAACGGAGAGUAUCCUGCAGAAAGUGGUCAUGACGGCGUUUGCAGACCGGACCGUGGUCACUAUAGCUCAUCGUGUUCACACUAUCCUGGGCUCAGACGUGGUGAUCGUGAUGAAACAUGGUGGAAUAAUCGAGUAUGAUGAACCGGACGUCCUGCUGGAGCAGAAGGACAGUGUGUUUUCUGCAUUUGUGCGAGCAGACAAAUAAAAACAGCACAUUGUACAUUUGGAAUGCUUGAAGCUGUAUAUGCUUUGUAUAAUAACUGUAUAUAUUGUACAAUAAAGUAAAUAGAGAAGGUG